UAAGGGGUAUAGAGUGAGCAACCUGUUGCGUUGACAAAAUUCUUGAAUUGUGAGACUGCGAAAGUAAUUUUUCUCGGUUCAGACGACUCUCUCUCUCUACGGAAUUCAGUUUUCUCUCUUUCUUCUUCUUCUCUCACAAUUAAAAUUGGGCAGUCCCAAAAGGGUAUAUCAUAGAAUCUCUAUUUCCCGCAAUUCUUCAAUCUUCAUCGUUUUUUUGUUACUCGCUUUCUCAUGGAUCCUCCUACCUCUUGGGACUCCUUGCGAAAGCAGGCACGGAUGCUUGAAGCACAACUGGAUGAGCAAAUGCAUUUGUAUCGUAAAGUUGUUUCCACAAAAAUUGACAGUGCAAAUGAUAAUGAUCUUGAAUCCAGUAUAAAUCAACUACUCAAGCAGCUUCAACAAGUAAAUUCACAAAUGCAAGCUUGGGUUUCCUCAGGAGGAUCUGAGAUCUUUUCUCAUACGUUGACUCGCCAUCAAGAAAUUCUUCAGGAUCUUUUUCAGGAGUUUAAUCAGCUUCGUUCAAGUUACAGAGCUAAGAAAGAGCAUGCUUCACUGCUUGAAGAUUUUAGGGAAUUCGAUCGGACUAGAUUAGAUCUGGAAGAUGGCAGUGGGUCAUAUGAUCAAGCACUCCUUAAUGAGCGUGCUUCCCUUCAUCGGAGUACUGGACAGAUGGAUGGUGUAAUUUCUCAUGCUCAAGAAACCAUGAAGGCACUUGUGUUUCAACGAUCAACAUUUGGUGGCAUCAAUUCAAAACUCAGCAAUGUCACCAGUCGCCUUCCAACUGUCAAUCAUAUUCUUUCAGCAAUAAAGAAGAAAAAAUCAAUGGACACAAUCAUUCUUUCAUUAGUUGCUUCUGUAUGUUUGUUUCUCAUUUUGAUUUACUGGUUGACGAGAUGAAUCAGGUAUUAUGCUGGUCUUUUUGAUAGAGAAGGAUGAGCACGGUCUUUGCUCAUUUUUAUUGUUUGUAUAUUACGCACCAGAGUAAUUUUUGUAAUUUUUCAUUCUUACACAUUUAAGAUGGUUUAUUGAUUUCUUUUAUCAAGCACCCGA